AAAACAUUUAAAAAAUUUAAAAUAUGUAGAACAAUUUUUAUUUGUUGUUCGGUGGGUCGUAUGCGUAAUAUUGUAAUCAAAUGGGAACAUUUCUUGAGCAUUUUAAAAUAUUUUAAGAUAUUGUAGUUGAAUGGGAACAUGUUCUGAACAUUUGGAAAAUAUUAAAAAAAAAAACAAUUAAAAAAUUUAAAAUACGUGGUAAAAUUUGUAUUUGUUGUUCAGAGGGUCGUAUGCGUAAUAUUGUAAUUAAAUGCGAAUAUUUUCUGAACAUUUGAAAAUAUUGUAAUUAAUUAGUCAAAUUUUCUGGACAUUUGGAAUAAUAUAAAGAACAUUUUAAGAAAGGUAAAAAAUGAAAACAAUUUUAAUCGACUGUUCAGUGGGUCGUAUGCGUAAUAUUGUAAUUAAAUGGGAAUAUAAUUUCUGAAGAGUUGGAAAAUAUGAGAAACAUUUUCAAAAUUUAAAAUGUGGAGUAAAAUUUGUAGUAAAAUUUGUAUUUGUUGUUCAGCGGGUCGUAUGCGUAAUCAGUGUAAUCAGUGUGUAAUAAAUAGAAAUUGUGUUGGAAAAAAUGUUGGAAAAAGAUAAAAAUAACUGAUGAGCAAACUAAAACUGGCUUAAUUAAGGAGAGGAGAGCUGCAAGUUGUCAAAGUCCGUUCCGUUGGCUCGCUUGAUGAGAUUGAUGCGCUGAUCCAUUGAUUAACAAAUGCCAGCAGCAAAGUUGUUCUGGCUCUUAUUGUUGUACUAAUUGUUAAUGCAGUAGCUGUAGUAAUUGUUGUUGUUGUUGUUGUUGUCAGUGCUAGUAGUUGUAUUUCGUUGUUGUUGUUGUUGUUGUUGCUGAGAGUGCAAAUAUGUGUUGCAUCCGGCGAAAAAAAAACAAAAACCAAAAACUAAACACAGCCAGUUGAUGACGAUUUUAACGGGCCGAAAACAAUGGGGAUGAGUCGUUGAGUUGAUCUCAGCUGAGUUGCGUUGAGUUCAGGUGAGAGCACCCUUAUAAAUGGGCAUGUGAUGAGCGGCAGCUCGAUUAGUUUGGUCCACACAGUUGUCACUUAACUUUACUGUUAAUCUCUAGCCAAGUUCAAGUUUAGUUACACUUUUUUUUGGUUACUAUGCGGCACUCGAAAUUGCUGCUUAGCGCGCUGCUUUUGGCCAGUUGCUUGGCUUUGGCGACGCCUUCAUUGCUGCAGCUCAAGAAGAAGCUGCUCUUUGGCCAUGGCGGUGGCGGUGGCGGUGGCGGUGGCUUUGGCGGUGGUUUUGGCGGUGGCGGUGGAUUUGGUGGCGGAGGCGGCUUUGGAGGUGGCGGUGGCUAUGGUGGAGGCGGUGGCUAUGGCGGUGGAGGAGGCGGAGGUGGUAACUACCAUGGAGGAGGAGGAGGAGGCAACUAUCAUGGCGGAGGAGGAGGAGGCAACUAUCAUGGAGGGGGAGGAGGAGGCAAUUAUGGAGGCGGCGGCGGCGGUUAUCCUCAGUGGGGAGGCGGCGGCGGAGGUGGAGGAGGCAACAGCUACGCCAGCAGCAGCGCCAACAGCUACAGCUAUGGAUCCGGAGGCGGAGGGAGCAGCAAUGCUUAUGCCAAGGCAUCGGCCAACGCCUAUUCGGGCAGCUGGUAAACCACAAAGAAGUGGAAGCCACAAAGCAAACUUCAAAUUUAUUAUUAUUUUAUAAGUUGUUUUUUUGCGUUUUUUUUUGAGUGUUGUUUAUUAGUUUGGCGAAUAAAAGAAAUGAAAUUUAA